GCCGGAGCAGCCUUUUGCCUCGCCCGCAGCAGAUGAGCAGACGCUGCAGCAGAGCAGCCUUUUGCCUCGCCCGCAGCAGACGCUGCAGCAGAGCAGCCAUGGCGCCUCCGCCGUUCUACCUGCCCCUCCUCCUCGCCUUUCUGCUCCUCUCCACCGCUGCCGCCCACUCCCAGCAUCUCCACCUCCAGCACCACGGCCACGGUCCCCACCACCAUCACCAUGUCUCCCCGUCCAUGACAGCCACCGCCCGCUUCUACACCGCGCCGUCCAUGCACCAGAACCGCAUGGAGUCGGAGGAUGCCCGCCAGUCUCUGCGCGUCUUCAGCCCCUUCCUCACCCCCGUGGCAGCUCAGGCUCCUUCUGCCGAGGAGGCCAUGUCGGCGAUGGUCGCAGCCGCGGACGCGGGGGACCCCGCGCGGGCGCGGCUCGACCCGCCCUCGCCGCCUUCUUCCCUACUCGCCGCGGGCGAUCUGAUGCCGUCCUCCCUCCCGCUGCUGCAGCCACAAGCUGAGGUGGUGGGGUCGUUCGAGUCGGAGCCCGCGGCUCCUCCUUCCGUCGUCGAUGAGCAGUACCGCGACGAGGCGAGCCCAUCGCCUCCCCCUCCCGCCGUCUACGAGCCGUACCGCGAUGCGGCGAGCGCUCCUCCUUCCGUCGUUGACGAGCCGUACAGCGACGCGGCGAGCCCACCGCCUCCGCCUUUCGUCGUCUACGAACCGUACCGCGACACGGCGAGCCCAACUCCUCCCGUCGUCUACGAGCCGUACCUCGACGCGGCGAGCCCUCCUCCUCCUCCUCCCGUCGUCUACGAGCUGUACCGCGGCGUGGCGAGCCCUCCGCCUCCUUCUCCCGUCGUCUACGAGCCGUACCGCGCGGCGAGCCCCCAGUCUCCCGUCCACGACUACGCUGCGGGGGUGGUGUACUCGGGCUCGGGCGACGACCUCGGCCUGCAGCAGAUCGCCAAGGUGCUCGCGUCGCUGGGGUACAACGAGAUGGCUUCGUCGGCCACGCUCCUCGCAGGCUCGGCUUCCGUCGCUACAUGGCCCGGGCCGAUUACCGUCUUCGCGGCCCCAGACGUAUUCCUCCAGGCCGACUCCUGCCCCGAGUCCGAGUGCUCGCGACGCCACCUCCUCCUGGACCACAUGGCCCUGGGCUACUUCCCCUACGCCGAACUCGCCGCGGCGCCCACCACGAAGCUCCCAUCGGCCUCCGUCGGCUUCUGCCUCGACGUCGCGGCCCAGCCACAGCGCGGGCCCUUCUCCGUCCACCACGCCAGCCUGUACGUCGACGGCGUCAUGGUGUCGGAACCUGAGCUAUACGACGACGGCCGCUACGUCGUGCACGGCCUCCACGGCUUCAUCCCGCCGCUCUCCCGCGCCUCCUGCGCCGAGGACGCGCAUGAGCAUCCUCACCACCAAGUCCACCUCCACCAGCACCGCCGCCACCACCACCUCAGCGCCAGAUCGUCAGCCGCCUCCGCUGCGAUCGCCGCCUCUGCAGUGCGCGUCAUGAUCCGCGAAGCCAUAUCCCGCCUGCGCGACGGCGGCUUCGGCUUCGUGGCGCUGGCCAUGCGCGUCAAGUUCGCCGAGCUGGAGAAGCUGUCCAACCUCACGGUGUUCGCGCUCAACGACCAGGCCAUCUUCACCGGUGAAGGCCACGGCUACGUCUCGGCGGUGCGCUUCCACAUCGUCCCCGAGCACCGCCUCACCCGCGCCGACCUCCUGCGCCUCCGCCCCGGCACCAUACUUCCCACCCUGGCCGGCGAGGACCAAAAGCUCGUCGUCACCCUCGGCUCCGGCUCCGCCACCGACGAGGUCCGGAUCAACUACAUACCCGUGAAGGAACCUGACGUGGUGAUCAACUCGCGCGUCGCCGUCCACGGUGUCUACGUCCCGUUCCCCCGCCUCCACCUCGCCAACCUCGCCACAUUGGUGGCCGUCGCCUCCGACCUGCAGACGAACGACAGCUGUGGCGGCGCCGGGGGACCUUUGGGCGACUGCGCCUCCACCCCGAUGACCUCUACGACGAUCUCAGUUGAUCAGGGCUACGGCAAAGGGCAGUGAUGCGUGAGCCCGUCCGUUCUCUUCUUCUGAGUUUCUUACCAACUAGUAGGAUUUUUGAGCUUCGCAGUUUGUUUGUUAGAUGAGGGAUGAGGUUUUGGUAGUCGGAUACUCGGAUUUAUGGAUGUCCGUGUCGUUGCGUGAUGGAAUGUGUACCGCACAUUCGCACUGCUGCAUGGUGAACGAAUUCUUGAUGGAACUUUAUGUGGCGAUGCUGUUUUGCGCGCUUUGAAAAAUUACUCAUGCUCUGUUCAGUUC